AUGUUUCCGCUAGCCGGCAUCGGGCUCAACAUCUACGUGCUGAUCAAGCUCAGGAAGAUAGCAAAGUAAGUGGCUAUAUUAGAAUAGACACUCAAAUGCCUAUGUUAAUAUUGGUUUCAUAACAGGAACGUGCUUAGGGAAGCCAAAAGGUUGUUUGUCACUAGGAACGAUGACGUUCGUGUUCAUCAUAUCCCAAAAACAAUGGCAUUCACGUUCGAUUUGCUUUGCAUGUCCUCAGUUUCUUGUGAUAAUGAUAACCUAAUUACAGUAUGAAUUCGUUCCGGUUCGAGACCUCUUCAGCCCUUCCAUUGUGUGCCAUGUCCAUUUGUGACUCGAUCUGUUUGUUGGCCUUGUUUUCCCAGGCCAUGUUCCAUGUCGGAAUCCGAGCGUUGGCCCGGGAGCACUCCAGCCUCGGUGCUUCUCUAUUUUGCAAAGUAGGCUAAACCCCCCCCCCUAAUUAUGCAUGACAAGUUAAGAGUUACCUAAGCCUCGAUAAACAAAAAUGAAUUCACAUUGACGUAGGUAACGUCCAGAUUACCAAUCUUUACAAGUAAAAGACUAUAGUAAACAAAGUGACACCUCUUCAGACAAAUUCUAUCAACUUUCAGGUUGAUAUGUACCUUCUACACACAACCUCAGCCUUCUCAGUAUGGUGCUGGUUAAUAUUGUCAAUUCUACGGUACACGGCAGUGUUUCAUCCAUUUAGGUAUCGAACGAUUUGGCGACAACCUAGAGAUGCCUUGACUAUUUGUGCCAUUGUCAUCGCAUUAUACGAAACAUGGAUAUUGUACACAGUACAGUACCAAGACAAAACACAGAGUUGCAGCGAGGAUAAACAAACAAGUGCCACUCAAGUAUGUGUCCUUUAUACUCAUCAAGCAUUAAUGGAUCUUAGGCUUGUCAAAUAUGUAUAUCAUUAUGCGCUUUCCCAUCAUUCGUUUUAAAAAGUACUUUUGUUUUAAAACAGUACUUAAUAGUACGAUAGUUCCCGAAUAGUAUGUAAAUAUCAAUCCAACAUAGUUUCACUUUAGACAGCACACAUGAUGGACAUCUUCCUGUCGUAUGUCAUCCCGGCGUUUAUUCGGAUCGUGUUUGAUGGGACUGUUCUCUGUCACUGCUACCGCCCCAACAUGAUAGAAGUCCCGGUGCUACAGCGUCGCUACGGUAUCUCGGCUCCUUCUGGAGUGCCUCCAGUCACAGACCCCAACCAGCCUCUCAACAUGAGUCUGGCGUUGACGUUGUCCAAACAAAACUCGUACAAGAACCAGUCACAACCCCUCCAGAAGAAGGCGUCCAUGAUCAAACGAUCGCUUAUCAUAUCAGUAGUCAACUUGUGCUGUAACCUCCCCUCACACAUCCUACGAGCCAUUCUUACGGUGGACGAUACUCAGAAAACAAUCCCCGACAGAUGGAUGAUGUUGUUUGAAGGUAUGUUUAUAGGCAUAUUCGUCAUAAAUUAUUCUUUCGUACAUAUUGUAGUAGGUGGUUCGACAUCCCAAAUCUUAUAUUUUUAGAUGUAUCUAAUAUGAUUUAAAACAUACUACAUAAACAAAGCUGUUUUUUCAAUUCAUGAAAAGAUCUUUAGUACCAAUUGCGUUUCCUAUAGUUGUUACCUAAUUUGGUCCCUAACGCACGUCAUUUAGGUGUCAGUCAACUGCUGUACUUUGGCCAAUUCACGUGUAACGCCUUCUAUCUAAGCACAACUAUAUACGAAACGUCCACAGUACCAACACGCCCGUGUCAUAUGCUAACCAAACAACAAUCGAACUCGUCCACAAUUACCACCACCAAUAUUCACAGACACAAUUAUUUCGCGGAGUAUGUCUAAUUAGAACAACACUUUUCAUAACGGGUAAAAAUAAAUAACAUACAGAUGUCUAAAUUAGGCUUGUUUUUCUUCAAAACUAAUAGGAAAACCGGAAACGGUUUAUAAUUUGCGCAGUCUACAGCAAUAUGCAGCAAGUGGGGUUCCAUCACACGUUCAAUCCACUUUUAACAAAAAGGGAACUCAGAAUGGCGGGUCGACCUGCGCCCAAAUUAUGAAAUCUGCGCGUUUUUUACGUUACAAUAUUAUACGUAAGCAGUGUAACUUAAAAACUACAAUAGUAAUUAACUAUUCUUUUACACAAUUUAAAGAAGACGCUAUCAAGACCUCUGAUAAAAAAAAUAAGCCAAAUUUAUAAAAAACUUCGCAAGUUCUCACUGAAAAACCAAAAAUUUGCACUGAAAUUACGGUAAAACUACUGUAACUCGGUUUAAAAGGAAGAUAUCCAAAAUCGUUCUACAUGAAUUGAAGGUAAUGUAAUUGUGUGUAACCUAUGAAAAAAUUAAGAUCAUACGACAUUUGGUUCAAAAGUUCUCACUGAAACACCAAAAAAAUUGCACUGAAAUUACGGUAAAACUACUGUAUCUCGGUUUAAAAGAAAGAUAUCCAAAUUCGUUCUAUACAAAUUAAAGAUAAUGUGUUUUUACGUAAAUUGUGAUAAUAUGAUGAUCGUACGGCAUUUGGUUCGCAAGUUCUCAUUGAAAAACUAAAAAUUUGCAAUUCAAGUAGAACUAAAUUUUUUUAAUUGUGCAAUGUAAUGAAAAGGAGUCAAUUAUAAUCAAGUUAACUACUGCUUAAGGCUUAAAUUUUAAUUUUUUUUUAAAUUGUCAAAAUAUGCGAAAUAAAUGUCGAUUAAAAGGUGGGGUUAGACUUGAGUAGGGCUGAAAAGGUCAGUCGUAGGGUAGAGUUGAAAAGAGCGGGCUUAAAUCUUUUGCUUUCAUUUACUUUGUGCUAGUUUGCUCAAAAACGAAAUAGACUACUCAAAUAAGACGAAAAAACAUAAAACUAAAAAUUCUACGUAUUUAUUGACCAAACUAGCAAUAAUAAAACGUUUUUUGUGACUAAAAGGCAGAAACUAUUUGCAAAAGCAAGCGCUACAAAUCACUUUCUGUUAGGUCCUGACACGAAAACAAACAAGCGCAAAUAGUUGAUUGGCAUAGUGAGUCGCCGCUGCUCUGAGUUUCAAACGGACCGAACACGGCAUCACGAAUGAUUGCCAUGCUAAAUUUGCUUGGCAUUCCGUUCUUUAUUUUAUUUUCCAGAAAUAGUUUGUAGUUUUUACGAAAUUAACGUAAAGAUGCUAAAGUCCUUGCUUCCUUUACGGCGUGUAUUAUCUAAACAAGUAGUCCCAGUCAAUUUUUUUGCUACAGCAACACAACAGAACAUUAUACAGCCUUCUGCAGUGUGUACAAGGCCUAGAACUAAGAUUACGACCUUACAAUCUGGGUUUAGAGUUGCUAGUCAAAGGACACCUAAUGAUACUGCUACUGUAAGUUAUUUUAAGUUAUAUUGUUAUGAUUUUAGGUGGGAGUAUUCAUUGAUGCUGGUUCUCGGUUUGAAAACGCUGAAAACAAUGGAGUGGCUCACUUUUUGGAGCACUUGGCUUUUAAAGGAACUGCCAAACGAUCACAAACAAACCUAGAAUUAGAGGUAGAGACGUACGGCGCACAUCUGAAUGCUUACACGUCUAGAGAACAUACUGUAUAUUAUGCCAAAUGUUUUGUUCAGGAUUUAGAACGAGGUAAGAAGAUGGUGACAGAGUUUGGUUAUGUUGAUAUUAUUAUAAAGUACGUGUGUUUUUUCAUAAAAAUAUGUUUAUACUAUUAUAAGAAAGUAAUAAGUUAUGUUUUGCAGCAGUUGAGUUGUUGUCGGACAUAUUGUUGCACAGUGUAUAUAGUAAAUAUCACGUAGAGAACGAAAAGCAGGUUAUCAUCAGAGAAUCGGAAGAGAUUGAUCAAAUCAUGCAAGAAGUUGUGUUUGACAGGCUCCAUCUUGGGGCAUUUGACGGCUGUUCUAUGGCCAGACCUAUCCUUGGAUCUAUUGAGAACAUCAAGUAGGUAUUCAGUGUUAUGUAACUAUCUGUUAAAACAUUUAAGUAUAACAUGUUGAUUUUGUCAAUUUAAAUAAGUUGCAAAUUAUAUUUUGAAAUAGAAAUUUAAUAUUUACAGAAAAAUGACACGAGAAGAUCUAGUCAAUUAUGUCAACACGUACUACAAGGGUCCAAAGAUGGUACUGGCUGCGGCCGGUGGUGUUGACCAUGAUAAUUUGGUUGAUUUGGCAAGCAAAUACUUUGGAGGAGUUCAAAAAGGGGAUGAGAACGUUUUGAACUACGAAAAAGCCGUCUUUAAAGAAUCUUAUGUAAGUUGAUUAUGCCUUGUUUAAUUGAAAGUGAAGUGAUAGUAUUUAAUUGUGGAAUUUUAGGAAAUUUAUGAAAAAAAGGACAUGGAGCUGUGUUACGGUGUUUUGGCAGUGGAAGGCGUUUCCUGGACACAUCCUUUGGGUUUGGCGUUUCAAGUCGUCAAUGGGGUUAGUUUUGUUUACCUUAUUUAUAUUGUUCAUUGCGAAUUUAGGCGAUAUUUUUUUUGAAUUUUAAUUUUUAAAUUGAUUGAACUUUUACUAAAAGCCACUUUAGCUAACAGGCAGUUUCGACCGAACCCGUGGCUCUGGCUUGACCAUGCCCACCCCAUUGGCUAUCAGAAUGGAGAAGGAGAAGACCGUAGAAAGUUUCUUAUCAUUCAUAACCAACUACAAAGACACGGGACUCACCGGAAUCUAUUUUUCGACCGACCCUGGAGGCCUCAGGCCCAUGAUAAAAGCUAUUUGUGAAGAAUGGAACUAUUUUCUGAGUAAUAUCGACGAAGCUUCUGUCAACUACGCCAAGAAUAUGCUCUACAACAAUAUGAUUGUCGUCUUGGAUGGCACAACACCCAUUUGUGAGGACAUUGGUCGACAAUUGUUGUCUUAUGACCGACAGAUCAGCAUACCCGAGUUGAAGGCUAGAAUUGAUGUAAGUUAAUCUAGGUAACAAUUUGAAAGGGUUAUUGUUGUAUAUAACUGUUAUAGAGCAUUGGUAACUGUAUUCUUAUAUAUGGAUACAGUGUAGUUGUUCUAAAGGAUGAUUACUGUAUAUUUAGGCACUGAUUACUGUACUUUCAGGCCAUCGACGUUCACACAAUUCGAAAGCUGAUGACAGAUUUUUAUUUCAAUCGAUCGGUCGCCCUCAACGUGAUAGGCCCAACCGCCGGCUGUCCCUCGUUGAAGGAGAUCAAACAAUGGUUGUCUGUUUGA